AUGGACCAAAUCUUCAAGACCAUAAUCGAGUCAAUCGAGUUUGAUGAGAACUCAAAACACGUCACCAUCCGUUUUGGCCCACCAGGGAAACUACCUGUUGUUAUGGCAUUACUGAAUAAAUACGGAUCGAACAAUACUAAGAGCUUCAGAAUUACCAAUCAAGGGACUGACGAUGGCACAUCCAUAUUAACAAUAACGUACAGAACAAGUACAGGCAACAACACCGACACUUCCAAAAAUUCUACUGACUCAAACGCCACUGACAGCACUGACAGUUCUGAGAACUCUGAUGACAUCGACUCUACGGACAACAGUGACGAUCCAGACAAUAACGACAUUAACAAUGAUGACAGAAUUGCUACAAACGAUAACACUGACAGCAAUGACAAUAACGACGUCCAAAGACCUGCCAACAAUGACAAUAUCGAAGCUUACACUAUUAAUGAACCAAACAUAGCACUACGCCAUACAUACAACCCGCAAGACAAUGUACAGCUACUCAAAAUAAAUUUGACAGACGCUUACACAGUGACAGCCACAUAUAUAGGUACGACAAUAGACGCAGAAGCAUUAUUUAGACAACAUGGGCCCUGCAACACCGAACACCACGCAACGAAAAACAAGGACAUCAAAGCCAUAAUAAUUAGAUACCAAAUGAAAAAUCAUGCGCUUAAAGUAAUCAACAAAUACAAAGAACACAUACAACAAACAAACAAUGACAUACAAAGAUCAACGACAGAACAACAAACCAAUCAGGAGAAAACAAUAGAAUACGUACAAACACCAGAUACUAUAUGUAUACGAGUACCCGGACAUACGACAAGACAAAAUUUAACAGAGACAUUCCAACAAUUCGGAAACAUCAUAGACGUAAGACACUUAGAGCCUAAAGACGGACAAAAUGGACGAUACACUGCGUUCAUUCAAUUUGAAAACCAGGACAGAGCAGACAAGGCUGUGGAAAAGACACAAAUGACGCACUCGAUAAGACUAGCUUACAACAAAGUAUACACAUCAACACGAUCCACUGCACAGCAAAAGACAGAAAAAGAACAAAACACAACACAACAGAAACAAAAAUAA